UCAUAUUUUUUUGUUGUAGAAAACGAACGAAACGAAAAUACAUAAAGCGAAAAUCGAAAGAAAACGGAGAAAGUAAACCGAAGAAAAAACGACCUCGAGAAAAUUAUAAAAAGAAUCCGCAACUCUUAGCCAAACCCUUAGACCUAGAUGAGCCGUUAAAGUGUAAACACUGUGCCAAGGACUUUUACAAUAACUUAGACUUCGCAUUCCACUCCAAAGAACACAGCUCAGAUGGAAAUUACACCUGUCAUAUUUGUGACUUUACCAAUAACUCCAAACCUCCAUUUGACCUGCACAUGCGCGCGCAUGAGGGAAUAAAUAGGUACAAGUGCCCGCUAUGUACAAAGACCUUUAAGCAAAGUAAGGAUGCUUUGGAGCAUACUUACUUCCACACUGGUGAGAAGCCUUUUCAAUGCGAGAUAUGUGGUAAGCAUUUUCCUUACACCAAGAGUUUGGCAGCUCACAGAAGAAACACCCAUUAUGAAGCCAUUACUGGAAAGCCUCUUCAAAAGUACGACUGUAAAGUGUGCAGUAAACAUUAUGAAAGCCAUUCAGGCUUGGUUCGCCAUUACUCCUCAAGCCACAAAGAGUUAGGCUAUGAUUAUUCCGUUGUUUGUGAUAUUUGUGGCAAAACCAUUGCUACCAGAAACAAGCUGAAGUACCAUUUAAGAGUACAUACUGGGUACAAACCACACGAGUGUGACGUUUGUCAUAAAGGCUUCUCCAAAAAGCAAGAACUGAAGAUCCAUGUAAGAGUCCAUACUGGUGAAAAACCGUUCUCCUGUUCCUACUGUGGAAAAAAGUUUGCUCAACUCGCUCCUUACAGGUACCACAUCAAAACCCACACUGGGGAGCGGUCUCAUAUUUGUUUAAUUUGUAAAAAAGGUUUUAUAUCAUUGAGCAAUAUGAGGAUUCAUAUGAAAAAUUGCGUUCAGCCUUCCGUUAAAAACGAGGUUCAAGGUUAGAAAUUCUGUUCGAAUUUGAUCUAUUCAAAGAAUGUUGUUUGUGCCUACAGUUCAGUAUUAUGCACAUAUUUUGUUUGUCUUCUUUAAUCUAACCUUCUUUCAACAUUAAAUGUUUUGCAUACAUUGAUGGAUAGAUGAAUCAAUGAGGUAGCUUUUGGUCUAUUCCACUGCGACCUUUCCAGAUCUAUUGUGGUCUUCUAGUCCUAGAUAAGAUUCUCUAGCCCCACCCUUUUGAAAAGGUCUAAUAACUUCGAGACUGAACUGGGUAGCUCUUGAUCUGUGGUUUUUCUUUGCCCCAUGCACAGAUCCGCACAUUUUCCAGGCUGUCACACAAAUGAACUCUGCUGUUUCUUCGUCUAGGUGACAGAAGCUGCAUAGGCCAUCAUCUGCUAAUCCCAUCAGCUUCAACUACUUAUUUAGCUUACAGUGCCCUAUAAUCAGAUCUACUAAAGCUUCGACUGUUUUCCUGUCUUUUUAUUAGGUUUGCCAUACAUUUUGACGAAUGUUCUAUAACGAACUGUUUCGUUUGUCUUUGUCCUGGUGAAUUCCUCCACCAUUCUCGGUAUUUAUGAGCUACCCACUUUACUGUUUCUGUUUUCGUGGACUUUCCUUCUUCUGUGGGUCCAACACACCCUUGGACAGUAGUCCUUACGAGUGGUCUGGUUCAAUCUGCAGAAGUUUACUCUGUUUCAAUGGAGCGAGUUACUACUGGCUUUUCCUUCAGCGUUUUUGUCUUCCCUUCCUGGAUCGUAAAGUUAACUUUCUCAAUCACAAUCAAUUAAGAAGUUCCAUCAAACCUCUUUGUCUGGAGGUUUGCUACCCCAAAUUGUCUAUAGGUAUGUUCUGAGACCAAUGUUACUUAUACUUAGUCCAUUAAGGAUCCUUUUGAACUCAAGACCCCAUCUUCAUACAGUACGCACAUAGUGCAUUAGUGCAGCUUGGGUAUAUCUCUUGGGUAUAGAUACUACUAAGGCCAUAGGGUUAAAAUCACCUGAGUUAGCCACCUUGCACUUGUGUCAUUCUAAUUCUAGGAAAACCAGCCUGUGCGUACUCUUCAGGAAGAAAACCUGAUGUUCUGCUUCCGUAAUUUCUUUAUAAUGAAGAAAUGACCUUUCAGACUGCCUUAAGCUUAUUAAAAUAUAUCUUGGCUUCUGGGAAUCCUGUUAGUACUACCAAAACUUCGCCUUAACAAAGAGACAACUUCGCUGAAAGUCAUACCCUCGGUUCUUAGUUUUUUGUUGUACUGUACUAUUUUUGUUGUAACGCCUCAAUUUCCUUACAACUGCUUUACAAAGAUUUUGUUUUGCGACAUUUUUAAUUCGUAUUUUAUAUUGUAUUACAUUGUAUUUUUCUUUGUAUCGUAAAAAUUAAAAAAGGCAGAUUCGUAACUAUGAAUAUACUAAUGAAGCAAUAACCAUUUAAUUAAAGAAAUUAAUGAAGGUUGUACACAAAGUACCAAUAAAAAGAGAAUACUGCUAAAAACGUGUUUAAGAAAAAAUACAAAACAGUAUGCACUUUUAACAUUUACCAUAAUUUAAAACUUAUGUACAUAUGUGUUGUAAAUUAUUUUGGCAAUAAACUCUUUGCUAUAAUA